UGCCGUAUUUAGCGGGCUAGUCCACACACGUCGAUUGUAAUACAUCUCAUUUGCUUCAUCAAUAUAUCCGUAAACAUCGCGUCUUUGACAUCAAACGCUAUUCUUCAAGUUCAGGAAGAAUCUCGACCGAAAAUCAAUGUAUUUGUCUUGCGUUCCACAAAUAGCGAUGUGAAGUCGCGCGGUUUAGAUUUCUCAAUUUCUCAAUUAUAAUUCGAAAGUUGGCAAAAGUGCAUCGCGGGUGCAAAAAUAGGCCGUUAGCCGUUAGUGCCCCGAGAGACACGAAAAGAUAUCGUUUCGCGUUAUUAAUUAUCUAAAACGCAUCGCCCGAGUGUGAUAAAUAUCCGGAAGUAACGAAAAUAUAAACGGGCGAGUGUUAUGAUAGUGAAACUUCAAGUUCGUCCCGAAAGAUAGUCACCAACAGUCAGAGUGAAAAGGCAACUACGUCAUCGCAACUGACCGUUCUCUGCAGAGGAAUGCAGCAAUGAUCGAUGAAUGAAUGAUUCGAUGAAUUCUCCUCAUUGCAUAUAUAUUCAAGUCUGGUGAUACUCUUCUCAUCGCUCAGUGGCUUGAACCGGAAUUUGGUACAACGCGACGCUAUCGGCUUGAUAAUUCGCGACAGGUAAUUGCAUACUAGGCAAAAGCGCGUGCUAUGAGCCUCUUUUUCCAUAAUUCGACGAAGCGCUGUUUGUGCGGCGCCGGUCAUACUGUCCGCUUCAUCCAAUAUGAUGAUUUUAAAUGGUGGACAUUUUUUGCCGCUAGAAAAAUUUCAGGCCUUUGCAGACUGCGUUCAAAAAUCUCAUCUGAGUAGAGCAGCGAGUAAUAUUCGAUCAGGACGAAACAAAGAUUUUCGAACGCAACCCACAAUAAUUAUGCAAGAUUCACAACGUACGAUGUCCGGCAUCCAAUCAAAAACUUUCGAUUCUAGAUCCCAAAAUAUUGCUAGUUAAAAUCACUAGAAAACAUUCUAGUUCUUCUACCGGAUGCAGUGUGAAUCCUGCAUUAGCAUGAUACCGUGAAAUGACAUGCAGUUGAUAGAUUCAUAUACACGUAGACUCGUGUAAGGUAUCUGUGUCAUUUUCGGUUGCGAUAUAUAUUUGACAGAAAAGUAAUCAUGACUUCGCUUCUCGCGCCAGAAAUUCCAUCGCCAGGAUUUUCCUUUGAUCUCUGCCAAAGGAACAAUAUCUUGAUAAAAAAAGGCUUUGCUGCUCCAAAAGCAGUCAAGACAGGUACAACUAUUGCCGGUAUAGUAUACAAGGAUGGUGUUAUUCUUGGUGGUGAUACACGAGCUACGGAAGACACCAUUGUUGCAGAUAAAUAUAGUUUGAAAAUUCACUUUCUUGCUCCCAACAUGUAUUGUUGUGGAGCCGGUACAGCAGCCGACACCGAGAUGACCACUGAGAUGAUAGCUAGCCAAUUGGAAUUGCAUCGCCUGAAUACCGGCCGUAUUGUGCCUGUAUGCACUGCAAACACACUGAUUAAGCAAAUGCUGUUUCGUUAUCAGGGCCAUAUCGGUGCCGCUCUUAUUCUGGGUGGUUUCGAUAUCGAUGGACCGCAGUUGUAUUGCAUUUAUCCACAUGGUUCCACUGAGAAGCUGAAGUAUACCACUAUGGGAUCCGGCUCGUUGGCGGCAAUGGCGGUCUUCGAAAGCAGAUGGAAGCCUGAUUUACCGGAGGAGGAAGCGAAGCAAUUAGUGGCGGAUGCGAUUCGCGCAGGCGUGUUCAACGAUCUAGCAUCGGGAUCCAACGUGGAUCUCUGCGUCAUUCGCAAGACUGGCGUUGACUACCUGCGACCAUAUGAUACUGCCAGCGUGAAAGGUCAACGGCAAAUCAGUUAUCGUUACAAGCCUGGCACUACCGCGGUACUUACCAAAACAGUACAACCGAUCAUCGUGGAAGAGGAGGCAGUGCGCACGAUUCAACACGAGGCGAUGGAUACAUCUUCAUGAAACUUUUAAUUAAUUCAGCUCUACAUAAAUUUAAAUUAUAGUGAACUUUUUCCAAACAGUAAGUGUUGAUUACAAAAUCUAAUCUUUAAAUAUUUGUAAUAAAAAUAUUGCCUGAUGUGCACAAGUAAA